AUGCUGCGCCAUUGGUUGGAAGAUAACGCCAUCACCUUCCACCACCACCAAUGGGGUAUCACUCCGAGCACAUUUCACAGUAUCAAGGAGUUGCACGAGAACUUUGAAAUCGUGGCCACCAGCAAAGAUCGCCAGAACCAGAGCUUCAUUUCUUUGAUGCAGAGCCGAAGACAUCCCAUUUUUGCCUCAGCGUUCCACCCUGAAAAGCCCGCCUUUGAGUGGGGCUUCCACACCCACGGGCUGCUGCAGAACACACAGAUACCACAUUCGCGCAAGGUUGGGUGCAUUUCGGUGGAAGGUGUGAGGUGA